AUGGCUAAAACAAAUGCUGAAAGACAAAAACUUUAUCGUGAAAAUUUAUUAAAAAAUAAAUCAAAGUAUGAUCAAAUGAGAAAAAUAUCUCGUAUACGUGAUAAUAAAAGACGUCAAAAUUUAAAUAGUGAUUUAUUACAAAAGUCACGUAAUCGACAAAAACAAGCAUCAAAAAAAUAUCUUGAUAGAAAAAAACUUGAGUGUAUAAAUAAUAAACAAUCAUCAUCAUAUAAAUCUCGUCAAUCAUUUGGUAAAGCAGUCAAACGUGUUCUUCAAUCAUUACCAAAAGAUAUUAAUAAAUAUGUUAGUGUAGUUAAUCAUAUUGCACAAGAAUUUAAUAUCAUUCCAAAAACAACAUCUCAUCAUCAACGUGAACAACGUUCAUUAUCAAUUGAAUUAAAACAAUUAGUUAUGAAUUUUUAUAGUCGGGAUGACAUCAGUUACCAGUUACCUGGUAAACAUGAUUUUAUUACAAUCAAAGAUAAUCAUGGCACGUCAAAAAUAAUACAAAAACGAAUUCUUUUAUUUACUUUACGUGAAGCACAUCAACUAUUUUUAAAUGAACAUGAUUAUACAGAUGCUUAUUUAUCAUUAGGGUCAUUUAGUGAUCUUCGACCAUCAAAUGUACUUCUUCAAUCUCAUAUGACACACCGCAAUUGUUUAUGUGUUUAUCGUGAACACAGAUCUACAUUUCUAACAAAAGCAAGUAAAGCGAAAAACUUGAUUAAAAAAAUAAGCGUCAUCGCGUUACAUUAA